GCGCUGAGCAUCGGGUACACCAAAUGGUCCAAGAAACAAUUCGUCUUAUGCUUGUUGAACCCCAUUAUCUGAUUCAGUUUUUCUCCAUCACCCAAAGGCUAAGGAGCGUACUCGAUUCCAACCCUCAGAUUAGAGAUUUGAUGGAUAAUCCUGAGUUUGUUCAUCAGUUAGCUACCCCUGAGAUUGUGAAUGCACUCUUGAUUUAUCGCAGUGCUCUGGAGGAUCAGUUGUAUUUUGAUGAAGAAACUGCUGAGGAGAUAUUGCAGAGGCUGCUCGAUUUGUUUGUUGAGCUUGCAGUACGUUGUGGCAUGAUUCCUGCAAUUGCACGCACAGAUCCCCCAUGAUGCUGAAGAUGGAUGUGCUACUCAACCGGUUAGGUUGAUAUGUUUCGGUCUUAUCACGGGAAUAUGAAUGCGAAAACAACCAAACCAUAAAUUGACCAAGUACAAAAUAUAUUGUUUGUGAAGUUGAGAUACAAGUAUGUGCGGUUCAGGUUUGUGAAUUCUUGACUUUGCCUUGAUUUCUAUCCUUGUGAAAAGUCUUCUUUUUUCAUAUAAAACUCAACAUUAGCAUUAGUAUUAACAACGAAUUAGCCCUCUAUCAGUGAUUGUUGUUUUGAUAUGAUCAUUAGUAAUU